AGGGACCGGGGGUGGAUCCCAGUACUACAGAGCUCGGAAGCGGCCACGGCUGGGUAUGGCGGCCGAGGUCUCCGGUCCGGAGGUGGGUGGUGAGGGGCAGGAGCCUUUGCUGAGUGGCGGAGAGGCGGCGGCGGCGGCGGAGGAGGAGGAGGAGAGCAGCAGGGAUGUUGUGGAAACACAAGAGCAUUAUAAGAGCAGGUGGCGAUCCAUCUGGAUUAUGUAUCUUACCAUGUUUCUCAGUAGUGUAGGUUUCUCAAUUGUAAUUAUGUCUGUGUGGCCAUAUCUCCAAAAGAUUGAUCCGACAGCAGAUGCGAGUUUCUUGGGCUGGAUUAUAGCUUCUUAUAGCAUUGGCCAAAUGGUUGCCUCUCCCCUGUUUGGCUUGUGGUCCAAUUACAGGCCAAGGAGAGAACCUCUCGUUAUUUCAACUGCUAUUUCAGUAGCUGCUAAUUGUCUUUAUGCCUACGUUCAUGUACCUCAUUCACACAACAAAUACUACAUGCUGACUGCACGUGCUCUUGUGGGAUUUGGAGCAGGAAACGUGGCUGUAGUUCGAUCGUAUAUUGCGGGUGCCACUUCUCUUACGGAAAGAACAAGUGCCAUGGCCAAUACCAGUGCCUGCCAAGCAGUUGGCUUCAUAUUAGGACCAGUUUUUCAGACGUGUUUUACACUUAUUGGAGAAGAAGGAAUAACAUGGAAAUUAAUUCGUCUUCAGUUGAACAUGUAUACGGCACCAGUUUUAUUUGGAGCUCUCUUAGGAGUUAUUAAUAUUAUUCUCAUCUUUGCCAUACUCAGAGAGCAUCGAGUGGAUGACCUGGGUCGGCAAUGCAGAAGUAUCAAUUUUGAAGGAGAAGAAAGUGGUGUUCUGGAUCAGGAUGCAGAAGGAAACGUUGACCAUGUUGCUGUGGUAGCAAUCAAUUUUCUUUUCUUUGUCAUCUUGUUUGUGUUUGCUGUCUUUGAAACUAUAGCUACUCCAUUGACGAUGGAUAUGUAUUCUUGGACCAGGAAAGAAGCCGUUUUUUAUAAUGGAAUAAUCCUUAGUGUGGUCGGCAUUGAAUCGGUUAUUGUUUUCAUGGUGGUUAAAACGCUAUCUAAAAAGACUGGUGAGCGUGCUAUACUCCAUGGAGGCUUACUGAUUGUCUUGGUUGGAUUCUUUAUCUUACUGCCCUGGGGGAAAAAACUACCAAAUAUCCAGUGGCAAGAAAUAAAGAAUAACUCCAUUCCCAGAACAACUUCCACUGAAAUGUUAAUGCCUUUCUGGAGUUUGCAAGCAAUGCAGCUUCCAUCCAACCACACAGUGGAACCCGUAGGCUGCCCUGUCACACAGUCCUGGUGCCUGAAUACACCGAUGAUCUAUCUGGCCCAGUACAUCAGCUCUGACAUACUAAUAGGAUUGGGCUAUCCAGUUUGUAAUGUCAUGUCCUACACUUUAUACUCAAAAAUUCUAGGACCAAAGCCUCAGGGUAUCUACAUGGGAUGGUUAACCGCCUCUGGAAGUGGAGCACGGAUACUUGGGCCUGUUUUUGUGAGCCAAAUAUACACUCACCUGGGACCACGCUGGGCAUUUAGCUUAAUCUGUGGAGUAGUUGUAGUCUCUCUCUUACUCUUGGAGAUAGUAUACAAGAGACUAAUUGCAUUUUCUGUCAGAUACGGAAGGAUGCAAGAAGAGAGUUGUUAAAUACGCGUUUUUAAAACAACAAAAAAAGUAGAACCAACCAGAAAUAAUAGUUUAUUACUGCUUUUUAAUGAGGAGUACCUAACCACUGACCUUGUUGGCUGUAUGCUAAGAACGGUACACCUGUACUUACACAUUGACAGAACACAUAACUUAGUCAUAUCCUAAUACAUGGUUACACCUGCUGCAAAAGAGCUUUUGUAUUCUGCUUUUCUAGCAGCAGAGGAAGGGAUGUGAACAAGUUAGAUCAAUACAAUGGCACAUUUGCAGUGUGUACAGCUUAAAUGAUGCACCUGUGUACUGAAUGCAGCUGUGAAGGUCACAGGUUACGUGCAUCCUUUCCAGAAAGAAGUAAAAGAAAUAUUAUCUUGAUUCUGUGAAUCAGGAUUAGUAACUCUUUUGUAACUACAAGAUUAGUUGAGCUGCAUGUACUUUGUAUGGAAACAUCACUACUUAAGUGAAUCUUCUGAUGUUCAGUUUGCUAGCUUGUAAGCACUGAUUAAUACAAAAUGUCUGACUUUGGAAACUGAUGUUACAUACCAGUACAUCUUCUCCCCAAUUUCACAUGAAAUGUGACAGAAUUGUAGAGGAAGGUAGGUACCUGUUUCACAAGCAGUUUAUGUGGGAUUUGGGUAUUUAAGUUAGUUAAGAGCCAUUGAAAAUCACAGCCUCAGUGACUGUUACUUGAACUACAGUGAACCAGAUGUGCAAUUUUUCUUCUACUGUUUUGCUGAAUGCCUUUUUGUAGAAACAAAGAUAACCUGCACAGAGUUGGAAUAUGCACAGCUUUUAACUUUACUACAAGAAGGAAAUACUAAGCGGGGUAGUUUGCACUUUCAUUGUCAUUGGUGAGAAUGAAUGCACUGUGCUGAGCAAUGAGUGUAAAUUAAGUAAAAAGGAGGAAACUGGCUCCUUGUGUGAUGACUGUUAUCUGUAGACUUAUUUUUCUGAUAAUAUGGUAUGAGAAAGAUGAAUUUACAAUGUUUGAAUCAUUCAGUGUUUAUUUUAUAACAUGAAAUAAUAUUUUUCCUUCAUAAUGGGGCCUAAGCUCAUCUGUAUGGGUUUGUUCUAUCUGUUUCAAUACUACUGGGGAAAAAAACCUGGAAUAACUCCAGUAUGAGUGUUGUAGCUGCUGUUUAAUGUGUCUAAUAUUUGAUCCUUACUGAAUUUAAUAUAUGUAGUUAAGUAUUCCUGUGUAAUCAAUUGUGAAAACACUAAAAGACAACUGAAUUAAAAGAUUAUUUUUUCAAGACUGA